CCUAUCCUCCAUGAAUGUUAUCUGAGGCCUUUUUUGAAGCCAGUGGUACUUUCAGCCCUCACAGCAUCCCCGGCGAGGAGUGCCUGUGUGCCGGGUGAAGGAACAGUUCGUGUUGUCCGUUUCAAACCUGCUGCCUCCAGAGUUAAUCCGGCGCCCGCUUCUUCUUCUGGUUUGGCCCCUUGCCCGGCAGAGCCGCCAACGUUUUAUAACAUCCUCCGGCCACUCAGCCAGACACUUGCAGCUCUGCCCCUGCAGCCAGCCAGGCUCCGCGCCGGCACGAAGGGGAAUCCCGGGCGGAAAGGGAAGCAGCCACUGCGGAGCGAGCUCCAAGGCGGGACUCUCCGGCCCGGCCCGGCCGCCGCAUGUGUGGGCGCAGCGCGCUGGAAGGGAGGGAGGACACCGGACGCGGCUGGGCCGGCGGAUAAGUGGCCCCUGCGGGCAAGGAGCUGCGGCGGAGCGGCCGGCCGGCCACAGCACCAUGGCCUCGGCCUCCGAGAGCAUCGAGCUGAACGGGCAACCCGGCGGCGAGCGAGCGUCUCCCGACUUGCCUAGAUCACAACGCUGGCUGCAGAGAAAUGGACCCAUUAAUGUGAACCACUACGCCAAUAAGAAGAGUGCUGCAGAAAGCAUGUUGGACAUUGCUCUUCUGAUGGCCAAUGCAUCCCAGUUGAAAGCAGUAAUGGAGCAAGGACCUUCCUUCUCAUUCUAUAUUCCACUUAUUGUUCUCAUCAGCAUAUCCCUCAUACUUCAAGUUGGCGUGGGCGUGCUCCUGAUAUUCCUUGUAAAAUAUGACCUUAAUAACCCUGCAAAACAUGCCAAGCUGGAUUUCCUCAAUAACCUUGCAACUGGACUGGUGUUCAUUAUAGUAGUUGUGAAUAUUUUCAUCACUGCCUUUGGAGUGCAGAAACCAGUGGCUGAGACAGCUUCAAGACAGUAGGUAACAAGAAGAGAUCUGAACCCUUGACCCCUCCUCUAAGUACUUCUGCACUUGAGCCAGUUAAACUUGGACACAAAACGGAGAAGCUGAAGUUAUUCAAGCCAGCAUUUUUCUGUUUCCUUCAAAUGACUUGUUUUCUGUGCCUGAGACUUUCAUCCUAUUAAAUAUAUAAUAUUCAGUUUCUAGUGGAAAGGUUGAGCUUUUUAACUGGUAGUUCAUUGACUCGGCCUUUGAAGAGUCUGGCAUCUCAAUUUCUAUAGAAACUGGAGUUCCUCAGAGAAAUAUGCAAUGUGAAUGAAUUCAACAGGAAACAAAGCGAUGGCAUGAGCUCCAAAGGCAUCUCGGACUUCUCACUUUUUGUGCCUUCUGUUUUCUUGAUGGAUGAGAAAUUUCCCAAGAAAAAUUGCUGUCAUUUCCACUAUGGAAGCCAAGGGUCUUAAUUUCUGGCACAGUCACACUGUCCUAACCUCUCUCAGUUGUAGCUAGGUAUUUGUAUUCCAUAUUGCUGUAGUGGAAUGCCUUUACGUUGUGUGAAGAUGGCCAUGCCUAAUUUUCCCUCUUUCUAGGGAACAGUUUGUCUCUUCAGCUAAACCAAAAACUCCACCUCUUCCAAGGUGACAGGAAUCCAGUAGGAACAAAAGUUAAACUUUCCUUUGCUCAAUUUUUCUCUCACAAGUACUCAUUGGCCCAGUGUCUCUGUUGCUGGAUCACAAGGGCCUGCAUAAACCUUCCCUCCUCUUGGUGCAGGGUCCCACAAAAAGUCCCUCUGCCUAGUUUCUCAGUCACUGCUGAGUCAGCAGAAUGAUUAUUAUCCACAGCUCUAGCGCAUACUAAAAAUGCUUGUAAAAAUGCUGCCAUAGCUAGGCGCCACUAACUUAAGGACGGACGGGGACAUUCAUCCCAGCACAGAGGGCAAGGCAAGGCCUGUAAGCUAUUAUAACCCAUCAAAUUAGCAUACAGAGGGGCAAAUUUCCCUCUGAGAAAAGGCCUGAUCUCUGCACUUAUUUGCUUUUGUGAGUUUGACUGAUUCUUAAAAAAAAAAAGAAUAGUAAUAAAUUUAAAGAGAUAGCAAGAAAAAGAUCCUCAAGGGCUCACGUUCCCUGCUGGCACAGGAAGCAACAAUUUUUUAGAGGGAUACUGUUGCUGGCAAUGGUGUAUAUUGCAAGUUUUGUUGCUUAAAGUAUUUUAAUCAUUUUACUUCUAAUUUAUCAUACUUGCAAGUAGAACGAUUUUAGUGUCCUUGCAUUUUAACAUUCUUGUUGAUAUAAAUUGAUACAAUAUAUUUCUUGUGUUACCACUUUAUUUGUACAUUUGUAGCCCAAAGUGCAAGCUUUUAGGAGAGAGUUAGCAGCAGCACUCAUUUACAGUUUUAAAUUGACAAUCCUCUCUUCUAGUUAUGAAUACACGAAUAACUGGGCUUAGAGACUUACCUUGUUUACUGUAGGUUACAUAAGAAUUAUCAUUUAACCAGAAAGAAAGCAACAAAGUUACUAUUUUUCUGUAUUGCUAGUUGCAAAAUAUAUACAUACAAGCAACAUAGAAGAAUAUUAAGCUUUUCUUGCUUUGUUUCUGGUCAAAGUUUUUCUGCAAGAUUUCUGGCAACUACUGCUUCAAAUGACAUGUUUUAUAUAUUUAAAUUAGCUUGGAGCAGCUGUGAGAUGAGGCACUUAGGACAAGUUUCCCCAACAGUUGAUUUGUCUUCUGUUAAAAAUUAAUUAAUGAAGGAACAUCAGAAUGUACCUGUAUUACAGAAUAUUCUCAAUACUGUAUUGCAAUGUGUUGAUUGUUAAAAUAUCAUUUCUGUACUGCUUAAAAUAAAGAGUUUCUUAAAAAACCAACCAACCAACCAAAAAAACCAAAAACC